AUGGCCGGCAGGCCUCCGCAUGGACAGACGGCUCACAGCGACAACCUAAUCGACUUUGACGACCACGACCACCAACCCACAUACUACUCGGGCGCACGGCCGCCCGUGAACGACCAUGAGCUCCUCGACCGCUACGACAUAGACAGCUCCGACAAUGCGCCGCCCGGCCGGCCAUCCGUCUCAUACGAUGAUUUUGUCGGCGGAGGCAGGCCCACCGCGGGCCUCCCGGGAGGGCCUGGUGCUCCUCCUGCACAACCGCCCUUCCUGCAAGAGGGAGGAGGCAGAGGAGGACGGGCGUAUUCGCAGACAUCCGACCUCCACAACUACCAGCGAUAUUCGGACGCGGACAUGGCAGAGGACGAUGGCCAUUCCACGCAGGGCUACUAUGCUGCGGGGGGCGCAUUCGAGGCAGGGUCGCCAGGCAUCCAGCGCGGGUCUUCCAAGAAUGCACACAACAGGAAUAGUAUCCUGAGUCUGGGAGGCGGCCUGACGGGGCGAGUGAAGAACAUGUUCGGGCGGGGCCAGGACUACUCCGAGAUGGACCUGCCACUGACUGAGAAUGCGGGACAGCAAGGCCAGCCGCAACCAAGCGCCUACCACGACGACGAGCCAGUCAAGAAGAAGAAGAGCACACCCGGCGUCUUCAAGUUUGGUUUUGGACGUGGAGCGCCAGACCCAUCAACACUCGGUCCCCGCAUGAUUCACCUCAACAACCCGCCCGCCAACUCAGCAAAUAAAUACGUCGACAACCACAUCUCGACGUCCAAAUACAACGUCAUCACCUUCCUGCCCAAGUUCUUGUACGAGCAAUUCUCCAAAUACGCCAACUUGUUUUUCUUGUUUACCGCCGUUUUGCAACAGAUACCCGGUAUUUCGCCCACGUCGCGAUUUACCACCAUUGUCCCGCUUGCCAUUGUGUUGCUGGUGUCAGCCAUCAAGGAGUAUAUUGAAGAUUACCGGCGCAAGCAGUCUGAUGCGCAGCUGAACAAUGCCAAGGCGCAGGUUCUGAAAGGCUCAGCAUUCCAAGACACCAAAUGGAUCAAUGUCGCUGUCGGAGAUAUUGUCCGCGUUCAGUCCGAAUCACCUUUCCCUGCCGAUCUGGUCCUUCUAGCAUCGUCAGAACCAGAAGGUCUCUGCUACAUUGAGACGGCUAAUCUUGACGGCGAGACCAACUUGAAGAUCAAGCAAGCCAUUCCCGAGACUGCCGACUUCGUCAGUCCCGCCGAAUUGGCACGCUUGGGCGGCAAGAUUCGAUCCGAACAGCCCAACAGUAGUCUGUACACCUACGAAGCAACGCUGACCAUCGCAGCUGGCGGUGGAGAGAAGGAACUGCCUCUACAGCCUGAUCAGCUACUGCUGCGUGGCGCCACGCUUCGAAACACCCCUUGGAUCCAUGGCGUCGUUGUCUUCACCGGUCACGAGACGAAGCUUAUGAGAAAUGCUACUGCCACUCCCAUCAAAACGACUGCAGUGGAGAGAAUGGUGAACAAGCAGAUUCUCAUGCUCGUAAUCAUUCUCAUUUGUCUGAGUAUCGUAAGCUCCAUUGGCGACGUCAUUAUCCAAUCAAGACAGCGGAACAGUUUGGACUACCUCAAGUUGGAGGCGUUCAAUGGAGCAAAACAGUUCUUCCGUGAUUUGCUAACGUACUGGGUCCUAUACUCUAACCUGGUCCCCAUCUCUCUAUUUGUCACCAUCGAAAUUGUCAAAUACUACACCGGCACCCUGAUCGACUCUGAUUUGGAUAUCUAUUACGAACCAACCGAUACCCCAGCGAACUGUCGCACAUCGUCUUUGGUCGAAGAGUUGGGUCAGAUCGAAUACAUCUUCUCCGACAAGACUGGUACUCUGACAUGCAACGUGAUGGAGUUCAAGCAGUCAUCCAUCGCUGGCAUCCAAUACGCGGACGAAAUACCAGAAGACAGGAGGGCUACAGUUGAAGACGGAAUUGAAGUUGGUAUUCACGACUUCAAGGCAUUAGAACGCAAUCGCCAGACCCAUCACUCUCGCGAAAUCAUCAAGAACUUCCUCACAUUGCUUUCAACAUGUCACACGGUCAUCCCGGAACGAGGUGGUGAGAAGGGCGCCAUCAAGUAUCAGGCUGCGUCUCCCGACGAGGGGGCGCUCGUUGAGGGGGCAGUCUUGCUGGGGUACAAGUUCAUCGCGCGCAAACCUCGCGCAGUCAUCAUCGAGGUGGACGGUCGCGAGCAGGAAUAUGAAAUUCUGGCCAUUUGCGAGUUCAAUUCCACGAGGAAGCGCAUGUCUACUAUUUUCAGAACGCCAGAGCGAAAGAUCGUCUGUUAUACCAAGGGCGCCGAUACGGUCAUUCUCGAGCGACUCGCCAAAGAUAACAAUCCUUACGUCGAGACGACACUAACGCACCUCGAAGAGUAUGCUGCAGAAGGUCUCCGUACGCUCUGUCUCGCUUACCGUGAGAUCCCUGAGAACGAAUUCCAGGAAUGGUGGCAAAUCUUCAACACUGCUCAGACGACAGUCAGCGGAAAUCGUGCUGACGAACUGGACAAGGCUGCGGAACUAAUUGAGCACGAUCUUACUCUACUUGGCGCGACGGCCAUUGAAGACAAACUCCAGGACGGUGUUCCUGACACUAUCGCGACGUUGCAAUCAGCCGGCAUCAAAGUCUGGGUCUUGACUGGCGAUCGUCAAGAGACAGCCAUCAACAUUGGUAUGAGUUGCAAGCUGAUCAGCGAAGACAUGUCGCUCCUCAUUAUCAACGAAGAGACCAAAGACGCCACUCGGGACAACAUCCGCAAGAAGUUCCAAGCCAUCACCAGCCAGUCACAGGGAGGGCAGCACGAAAUGGACGUCCUUGCUCUCGUCAUUGACGGCAAAUCACUCACAUACGCGUCUCGAAAAGCUCUAGUUGUCAAGCUCGUCAAGCGCCACCUCAAGUCCAUCCUCCUCGCCAUCGGUGACGGAGCCAACGACGUUUCCAUGAUCCAAGCCGCCCACGUCGGUGUCGGUAUCUCCGGUAUGGAAGGUCUCCAAGCCGCGCGGUCUGCUGACAUAUCCAUCGGCCAAUUCCGCUACCUGCGCAAACUCCUCCUCGUGCACGGCGCAUGGUCCUACCAGCGCGUCAGCAAAGUCAUCCUCUACUCCUUCUACAAAAACAUCGCCAUGUUCAUGACGCAAUUCUGGUACUCAUUCCAAAACGCUUUCUCCGGCCAAAUCAUCUACGAAUCUUGGACACUUACAUUCUACAACGUCUUCUUCACCGCGGCGCCUCCUUUCGUAAUCGGCAUUUUCGACCAAUUCGUCAGUGCACGUCUGCUCGAUCGAUACCCGCAGCUCUAUCGUCUGAGUCAAUCCGGCGUCUUCUUUCGCAUGCACAGUUUUUGGUCCUGGGUCGCUAACGGCUUCUAUCAUUCCCUGAUAUUGUACUUUGGUAGCCAGGCCAUCAUCCUGUACGACUGGCCGCAAUGGGAUGGCCGCAAUGCAGGCCACUGGGUCUGGGGCACCGCUUCCUACACCGCCAACCUCGCCACCGUACUCCUCAAAGCUUCCCUGAUCACAAAUAUCUGGACUAAGUACACGUUCCUCGCCAUUCCUGGUAGCUUUCUGCUGUGGUUCAUCCUGAUGCCGAUAUACGCCAUUGUCGCGCCCAAGGCUGGUAUCAGCCACGAGUACAUUGGCGUCAUCGAAAGACUUUUCCCGGACCCCAGAUUCUGGGCGAUGGUAGUCGUCUUGCCGCCACUUUGUCUGGUCAGAGACUUUGCGUGGAAGUACGCGAAGCGCAUGUACUUUCCGCAGGCGUAUCAUCAUGUGCAGGAGAUUCAGAAGUAUAAUAUCCAGGAUUAUAGACCGAGGUACGUCGAGUUUACCCAACCGAAUUUGUGUGAAUGGAUGGUUGCUAAUAAUGUGACAGGAUGGAACAAUUCCAAAAAGCUAUCCGCAAGGUCCGACAAGUACAGCGUAUGCGCAAGCAGCGCGGGUAUGCGUUUAGUCAGACGGACGAGAGUCAGGCGCGUGUGUUGCAGGCGUAUGACACGACGGUUGCGCGAGGAAGAUAUGGCGAGUUGGAGAGUAGUCGGCGGUGAGAGAUAUGAGUUGUUGAAUUAUUCAUUGGGGCGUUUUAAUGGACUUGGAGUAGAUGAGGAGUAUGUGGUAUGA